GAGGAGGGACAGCGCAACAGUCCGCAGCACCUUGCAUGUGUGAGUGUGUUUCUAUGUGUGUGUGAGGGGGGCAUGUGUGCGCGCUUGUGUGUGUGUGUGUGUGUGUGUUUGUGGGCUCACUCUGUCAGAAUUAAGGAUUAAGUUCGAUAAAGCCUCAGAGGAGUCGCAUUUCAACAUCAGAGCACCUGAGAUCUGAUGCUUCCUGCCAUCACCAUGGAAACGGAGGCCAGUCACAUGCUGGAGGCGGCACUGGAGCAGAUGGAUGACAUCAUCGCAGGUUCCAAAGCAGCAGCGGUUGAGUUUUCGAACAGCAUGUAUGACCUGGGUUCUCCCAUCAGCACUGGUCCACUGCAGGUCGUUCAGUUAGCUGAGGACCUCAAACUCGCCUUGGAGCUCCAGCCCAACCAGGAGGGAAGAGACAGCCUCAGAGCACAAUUACCUACAGAAACAGCACAGGCUCUAAUAGACUGGCUACGGACUGGAACUGUGAACCUGUGUUCUCCAGCCAACAAUGAAACCUACCAAGAACGGCUGCUCCGCCUAGAGGGAGACAAGGAGUCUCUGGUGCUACAGGUGAGCGUUCUGACUGACCAGGUGGAGGCCCAGGGAGAGAAGAUCAGAGACCUAGAAAGUUCUCUGGAGGAACACCGGCAGAAACUGGCCUCCACAGAGGAGAUGCUGCAACAGGAGCUAAUGAGCAGGACCUCUCUGGAGACUCAGAAGCUGGAUCUGAUGGACGAGGUGUCGUACCUCAAACUGAAGCUGGUCAGCAUGGAGGAGACGCAGACCAACACACACCCACAAGAUCCUGCGGACACAGAGCAGAACAAAGCUGAGUGUGUGGUAAAUCUCAUCAGUGAGCUCCAGGAACAGAUGUGCAGGUUUCAGGAGGAGAUCAGCACUCGUAUCCAGGAGAAACGGGCCCUGGAGGAGAGGGAGGCCCAGCAGGGGGAGCCUGAAGGCAGCCAAGCCCAGGGCCACAGCCCUCAGGUCGGGUCAGCUGGCUCAGACCUGAGCCCGUUUGGCUCUGAUCCCCGGAUGCACAAUGGAGGACAGACUGUACACGAUUUGCUACAAGAAGUGAAGCAUCUGAAGAGCAGAGUGGAGGAACUGGAGGGAGAGAAGGGCCAGUAUGAGAGGAAACUGAGAGGCACCAAGGCAGAAAUCUCAGAGCUGCAGCAGCUCCUGGCCUCCAAAGAUGCUGAGAUCGAAUGCCUGCAGACCCAGCUGCUGGCCAGAGGUGGUACUGCCAAUGACAACGCAGAGAGAGACCAGGAAUACCAGAGGUUGAAGGUGGGGAUGGAGUCUUUGUUAGCCUCAAAUGAUGAAAAGGAUCGACGUAUAGAGGAGCUGACCAUUCUGCUUGGCCAGUACAGAAAGAUGAGGGAGGUCAUGGCACUCACACAAGGGAGUAGUGAAGAAGAGCUGAGUGGCAGUUUAAGACUCCGAGCCAUCACACACAAAGCACACUCUGAUAUCCUCAGGUCAGAGAUGUCAUCAAGAGGGUCUUCUCCACUAAUGUUAUCCUCGUCUCCUUACCAGCGAGAACUAGACUUGAGUAUCCAGAACUCUAUGGACACGUCGCUGGUGUCCACUGGGGAUACAAGCCACUUUAAUGGAUCCUGGCACCGGAGCAGGUUGCUGUCUAGCAGCCUUGAAGAGUUGCAAAGUGGAUCCUUACAAAAGGCUGUAGAGAUCCAGCCAGUUGAAACUGAAUCAGACGUAGGGGCAGAGAAUCCCCACCUGGAGCUGAGCAAGUACCAGACUCUGCCGGGGAAACGCAGUAAAAAGAGCGAGCUGAGGACCGAGCUGAACGGCGACAGAGAGGAAGACGGAGAGUAUUUCUCUCCCGUCCACAGCCACGAGCAGGACUACAGCCUCAGGCAUCCAGAGAAGCUAGAGGAGUGUGUUCUAUCAGACCAGUCCCCUCUGUCCUCUGGAGUGGACUCUGGACAGCAGUCCCCUGUCUCACCAGAGAACAGGAAAAGUCAAAGAGGCAUUAAGAAACUCUGGGGGAAGAUUCGUCGUAGCCAGUCAGGUAGUCCUGCCCAGGUUCACGACCCCGAGCUGGGGGAGUUCAAGAGGGGUGGCUUCAGAGCUACAGCUGGACCAAGACUGGCCCGUUCAGGGAACACACGAGACUUGAAGAUGCCUCUUUCUAAGUGGAGCGCAGAGCAGGUGUGUGACUGGCUUGAGGAGAUUGGACUCGGUCAGUACGUCAUCCUCGCUCGCCACUGGGUCACCGGCGGUCAGACUCUACUGUCGGCCACCCCGCAAGACCUAGAGAGGGAGCUGGCGAUGAAGAAUCCGCUCCACAGGAAGAAGCUGCAGUUAGCCAUCAAGACGCUCAGCAGCAAGCAGCCUGAGAAGUCCGCAGAGCUCGAUUACGUCUGGGUCACCCGUUGGCUUGAUGACAUCGGCCUUCCGCAGUACAAAGACCAGUUUAAUGACGGAAGAGUGGAUGGGCAGAUGCUGCAGUACCUCACUGUGAACGACUUGUUAUUCCUUAAAGUGACCAGCCAGCUGCAUCACCUCAGCAUCAAGUGCGCCAUUCAUGUCCUCCAUGUCAACAAGUUCCACCCCAACUGCCUCAAACGCAGGCCAGGCAAUGAGAACCAGUGCACUCCCUCUGAGGUGGUCCAGUGGUCCAACCACAGAGUCAUGGAGUGGCUGAGAUCUGUGGAUCUGGCAGAGUACGCACCAAACCUGAGGGGCAGCGGCGUGCACGGAGGGCUAGUAAUGCUGGAGCCUCGGUUUAACUCGGACACGCUGGCCAUGCUGCUGAACAUCCCUCCUCAGAAAACGCUCCUGAGACGCCACCUAACCACCAACUUCAACAGCCUGGUGGGAGCACAGGCUCAGCAGGAGAAGAGGGAGUACACUGAGGCGGCGGGGUACACCCCACUCAGCAUCACAGCUAAAGUCAAGCCGAAGAAGUUGGGCUUCUCUAACUUGACUCACCUCAGGAGGAGACGGCCGGAUGAAUCCACAGAUUACGUCUGUCCAAUCGAGUCGUCCUCGCCUCAGUCGGGACAGUCUGCAGUGAACGGGGUGCAGGUCCGGCCCUACGCCGGCUUCAGAGGCCUGAGUCCCAUCCUGGACCGAGAGUCGGACCGCUCCAGGGACCAGAUGGCGAUCACAGAGGGUACCAUGUUGCAAAUAGAGGCUCUGUCUGAAAGCAUCAACAACCUCACAUACCUGCUCAGCCGAGACGAGCUACGGAAGGAGAUGAGGCGGUCUCAGACAGCGCUAGUAUGAAGGACAAUGACCAGACGCCGUUGGCUCACUAAUGCUGUCAAUCAACCACAGAGACCUGUAGCAACCAAUCUGGCACCUGUACUGUACCUCAAGCCCCGGCCUAACACUGCAGCGUGGAGCUGUUACAUCUACUUCUACUAGCUGCUGAUACCUCAUGUAACACCCACAGUCACACUGCAGAUACAACGCAGCUACGGACACCAGUGGACACUGUAGAAAACAAUCAAGGGUUGCUUACAAAAAUCUUUUUUUAACUUCUACAAUAAUGAACUGAACUGUUGCUCAUUAGCCAUUUGGGGCAUUUUUUUUCUACUGCUUUACUUGUUUCCCUAUGCAAUGUAUACUCUAAUAAUCAUACUGACCACUGUGUACUGUAUAUACUGUAUAUACUGUGCUGGUAUAUCAAAGGGGCGAACAGGACCACAAUUAGCCAUCCUUUGUUUUAUGGCAAUCAUACCAUAUCCUUACAAUAUCUUAAUAGUAUCCUUUCUUAGAGAGUGGACAAAAAAGAGCCAGAUUCAAAACUGAUACGCACACAUAGACACUGACAACUGUCUAGUCAACAUUAUCGUUUUGAAGUUAAGAGACAUUAGCAGCAUGAUAUGUUGAAACAAACUGGAUAUUUUGUUAGAACUGAUCUUCACAGUGUGUGAAAGCACUGGGUGGGACAAAAACUUACCUAACCCAUGUUACUUAGUUGAAAUAACUCAUAUAAAAGAUUCAGUGGAAAUUGAAAAGCAGUAAAUUGAGAUACAGUAGCCAUGGAGAAAAGGUUUGUCUAUGAGAGUCCAUUAAAGCAUCUUAAAAUGGUAUAUGAGAUGGGACAGAAUUGGUCUGGAGUAAUGACACUGGUGGUGGUGAAAUGACCGCAGGGGUGUGAUGAGAGUUCAUCAGGUGUCCAGGGACAGUCUACAGAUCAUUUUGAAAGACAUAAUCAGUGAUACUGUAGCUAAAACAUUGCAGCCAAGAAGUAACCGUUGCAUAAUGUGAGAAAAAAGUUAGUCAGGUAUGGUAAUGUAUGAAAUGUGUGAACGAAAAGAGCUUUAGCAACAUGAGAAAGUGGAAAUCUAUUAACUUCCAUUAGAGGCCAACCAAUACAUCAGUAUGGCCGCUAUUAUCUGCCAAUAUUAGCUUAUCACGGAUAUAUCUUACUGGCGUACAGGUCAGUCGACAAGUAAAUGGCUGCAUUCACAUAGAAUUUUUAUCUAAUACACUUUAAAAUUUGCUUCCUGUUCCACACUCACUGAUGGCAAGCUGCUCACCCAAUCAUCAGCACAAUUUGGGCUUCACUGUGUAGCCCAAGGACAAUUCAAAGCAUACACAGAAGGAGCUGGGGAACAAGCGGCUCAACUCUGUGAUCAGUGGACGACCGGCUCUGCCUCCUGAGCCACAGUCGCCCCUCAUAGAAAGCAAGCACAUUCCAGAAUUGCCAGAUAUAUUUGAGCUCAUUUAGAAACAGAGUCACCAUUACAUAGCUUGUCCUCCAAAGAGCGCUGACAAGUUUGCUUUAAAAUGUGAAAAGUCCUGCUUUGUGCAUACUUUGGUUACAAUUCUAAAUAAAUAAACUUGAACUAAUCUA